AUGGAGGAAUUAAAACUGAGAGAUCAGAGCUCUUCAUACAACAGCAGAACCGCGCGUCAAGGACCCCAAGGCUGUGACGAAGAUGCCAACCUCUAUUGUUACCGAAGCCUCAAACAGCAUUCUGUUGCCGUGAAAGGCUUCUUAGGAAGACUAGGAAAAAUCCUAACCAACCAAUAUCAGGGUCCCAAGUGGGCCGAAAUAACAAGGACCCCCCAGGCUGUAUACAGGAAAGUGCAAACAAAAGAGGCAGAGAGCAUUAGUUGGAAGCCUAUUCUGGAUUGCAUAGUGGAUAAGAUUUUACGACUCCCAAGCUUGAGUAUCAAAACAGAGGGAAGAAAUAAAGAAGUCUGGAAACAAGCCAACUGGGAGAAGCUGAUAAAAGAUGGGACGGGGGCUUACUGGGGGGGCACGGCGAAGUUACAGAACUUCAUCUCAGCCGUAAUGUGUAUAGUGGGUGCAAUAUUGACUGAGAAGGAUAAAACCAACCCCAAAAAUGAGCAGCUGAGAAGCAGGUGUGGCCAAGUGUAUGAGUCGGUGAAGAUAGAUUUGGAGAUAAUUGAGGAAGGCAUAAGCGAAACAAGCAUAAGAUCGCAUCAGGAGUUUUUGGAAAAGAUUAGGGAGGUAGAGAAAAGCGAAGAAACAAAAUUGGAUGGGUUGGGAUUUCUGUUGGCUGUGGCCUAUGGAGUUUCGACAUGUUGUGACUACAGCAGGGGUCUGACCCUUGGAAGAUUAAUUAACAAAGGAAAGUGGACCUUGGGCAGCCUAUCCCCGUGCUAUUUUGACGGGUCAACAUUAAAUUGUGGGGGAGGAGACAAGUCAAAGGAGGACAAGAAAGUGAAUAUCUGGGCACAGGGAGACCAGUUAUUAGCAAAAGCACAGAAUCGUGAAGCUGCGGCGGCACUAACUCUGAAAGCAGGCCCAAGUGGAGAACACCUCAAGGUACUGAAGUCCAGUUAUCAAGCACCUGAUUCCAGCAGGCUGCACUCACAGUCUAAGGGAGGCUCCUCGGCUAUAGGGCAGAGAAAAGAUCUAGACAACAACAACAAACAGGCCGAGAAAGGACUAAAUGAAGAGAAGCCCAAAGUCGAAUCCAGCACUGAAACAAGGCGUCUCCAGGGAGACUCAGACGCCGCCACUCCCCAACCCAACCUGACAGGUCAAGCGGCGAGUGCAGGAACUCAGGGGGGGCUAACGGGGGAUCAGGAGGGUAGCCUACCCCCUACCGGCAAUGAGCAACCUCAGUUAACAGGAGGGGAUGCAGCGGUCUCGGCCUCCUCGAAGGAUCACUCGAAACAAGAGUCAGAGACCAACGAGUCAGGAGGGAAAGGAGCUGAGACAACAGUAACGGACAGCGGUCUACCAGGGAUGGAAGCGGGCUUAAAGGAAGAAGAUACAAACAAUAGUAUUGGUUUAGGGGUGGGAGUGACGUUGGGAGUUCUCCUGGGGGUGAUGAGUAUAUACGGACUCUGGAGGGUAAUGUUUAGGGCCCCGCGUAAGGCGAGGGGGGGCCUCAUAGCCGGGACACGUCGGUGGGGUGUAGGGUAUAGUCGAGGAUAG